CGUGGCCGAUAUGCACUGUGCCGAAUAGCCUCCCACUAUGCUUCAGACGAGGCUGAGUCUUCUCACCACAUGAUCGACGCCAUGCCCAACAAUGGCUCCCCACGGCAACAAGCGGCAGAACCCUCUACCCAGCGGCUUCAUCACGGUCCGGGAUAUACUGGACCGUAAGCGUGGAGUCGGGAACCUACUCAACGUCAUUGGCGUCGUCAAGGACUUUCGAGCCCCUGUUCCCACCAGAGGGACCGAUUGGAAGUGUGAGAUCAAGCUGUAUGAUCAUUCUGUCGAAGAUGGCUCCUUCGACUCCAUUACAAUCAACAUCUUUCGGCCAGAGAAUGAGAUGCCCAAUCCCAGUGUCGGUGACGUGAUAGUGCUCUAUCAAGCCAAGCUGCAAUCACACGCCAACGAGCUCUCACUGGUGACGCACCGAACUACCGACAUUCAUCUGUACUCAUCAAGUGAGAUUCCACGUCCGCCAGAGGGGGCCUUGCAGGCGCUGCGCCCCUUGUCCAGAAAGACAGCUCAUAGCCCUGGACAGGUCGUGCAUGAAUAUGUCUCGCAUCUCUAUCACUCAAUCGACAAGAGCAAUCUUCCGACAGAGGCUGAGUUCCAGGUUAUGAAGACAAGAUCCGCUACUCACACCGGCAAGUCCAAGGAACUCAAGGAUGUCCGGGACGGCACCUUUGUCGACGUAGUGGUUCAAAUAGUCAGGCAGCCAUAUGACACCGGCGACAGAGUCACUCUGUGGGUUUCGGACUACACUGAGAAUGACCACUUCUUUCACUUUACAUACAAGGGGCUUGAUGCUCUUCAGGGACAAGACAGCUACAUGCCUUCCAUGCUUCAUGGGGCUGGCGCCGGCGCCGGCGGAGAGUGGAAGGGCCCUUUUGGUAAGCGAAGCAUGCAGGUCACCUGCUACGAUCCGCACACGUCGGUUAUCAGAGAACAGGGGCUGUCUGCGGACUCUUGGGUGCUGCUUCGGAAUCUCCAAAUCAAAUUCGGCCGCAACGCCGCCAAUCUCGAAGGAUUUUUGAGGGAAGACAGGGGGUCGUCCAGUCAAAAGAUCAACAUUCAGCAGUUGGAUCCUAGAAACACAGAUUCUCCCGACCCCCGCCUCAAGGAGGCUAUCCGCCGCAAACGCGACUAUGAACGGGAAAAGCGAGACCGCCUGAAAGACUUAUCCGACGCAGCAAUAGCCGGGCAGAAGAGAAAAAGCCAGCUGGCCGAGACGGAGCCAACAUCAAGCGACAAAUCAAAAAGGUCAAAACAGUCGAGGCGGAGAAGCAAGAAGACUACAGGACAAGAUGAGCCGAGUGUCGUUCCUGCUACGGCGUUGGCUCCUCCAACAAUAUUAUCUCACGUGAAAUGCGAUUAUGAACAGAAAGCCAUCAGCACCAUUGACAGCAUUCUGGAGCCCGUGUAUCUGGAAACGGACAUCAAUGGCCAGCAGGUCAAGUUACGGCUCCCAUUUGUGAAUAUGAACUACCGGGCACACGUUCGGGUAGUCAACUUUAUGCCCCCCGAUCUCGAGGACUUUGCUCGGCCGAGGCGGACCACGGAAUACGAUAUGCUUUCCGAUAACGAAGAGCUGGACCAGGACGUUUCAGACUCUGGUGGAGAGUCCACGGCGGACGGCACCACGACGCGGGUGUGGGAAUGGCGCUUCUUCUUGGAGCUGGAAGACGCGAGUCCCUCAUCGGACAAACAAGGGGAGAGGAAAUCCAUCUGGGUCGCAGUGAACAAUUUCUCUGCGCAGUGUCUCGUCAACCUGGACGCUUCUGACUUGCGGAAGAAUCAACACGAGCUCGAGACUCUACGUCACCGGCUGUCCCUCCUGUGGGGCGAACUGGAAGAAAGGAAGACAUCGGAAAGGGAAAAAAGACGCCGAGCCGCUUUAGCAAACAGAGGGACAGCAAACCGGCCCCCUUCACACAGUUCCGACGAUGAGCGCGGGGCGGCGCAUAUGCAGCAGGUCGAGCCGCUGUCGCACGUCCUCACGAGGCCGUUUGCAUGCUGCAUUCACCAGUACGGGGUGAAGGUCGCUGAGGAGGAUCCGCGCAAGGCGGAUGCUGGAGAGGGGAAGAGGUGGCAGAGGAUGUUUGGGUUGUUUGGGACGAGGAUUGCGUAUGACUGA